AUGGGAGCUAAGACUGCCAAAGAAGUGUGGAACACAUUGCAGGAGGAGUUUCAAGGAAGUGUUAAGGUACGUGCCGUUAAACUUCAAUCUCUAAGAAGAGAUUUUGAACUAUUGAAGAUGAAGGAGUCCGAGACAGUUAAAGAUUACUAUUCUAAAGUUAAAGGAAUAGUUAAUCAAAUGAGAGCUUUUGGGGAAGAUAUUCUUGACAAGAAAAUUGUUGAGAAAAUUCUAAUUACUAUGCCCCAAAAGUUUGACCCAAUCGUGACAACGAUUGAGGAAACCAAAGAUCUGUCCACUCUAUCAGAGACAGAACUUGUGGGCUCUCUUGAAGCAUAUGAGCAAAGACUGCAUCAAGCUAAUAUCGCAGAGGAGCAUGAUCAAGAACAAUGUACGUUCUACGCCACUCAAGACUCAAUAAAAGAAAAGGGAGGAAACUGGUACUUGGAUAGUGGAUGUAGCAAUCACAUGGCCAAGGAUGAGACUAUUUUCAAAAGUAUUGAUGAGUCUGUCAAAGUCAAAGUUCGACUGGGAAAUGGAAGUGUGGUUGAAUCAAAAGGCAAAGGCACUGUCAUGGUGGAGACAAAUAAAGGUACGCGGCUCAUCCAUGAUGUCUUACUAGUUCCCAGCCUAAAAGAAAAUCUUCUAAGCAUUGGCCAAAUGAUGGAGAGAGGCUACACACUUCACUUUGAAGGAGGUGUAUGCAAAAUCUAA